UUGCAUAAAACACAUGAAAAUCGUAAAAAUUUGCCAAUAAAUUUAAGAGGUUAUUAUGUUCAUAGACUUUUAGUAAAUGCAGUUGCAAUGUGGGCUUCUCCUCGUUAUGCAUGGCAUGUUUACAGACUUCUUGACGAAAUUCAUAGACAAGAACGUGGAGAGAUGGAAAAGAAACUUCAAGCAAAAGAUGAAGUCAUUGAAUCCAAAGACAAAAGCAUACAGAAAAGAAUACCACGUUCAGUACCAAAAGGAAAGGAAAAGAGUUAUAAGUAUAUGAUAUAUACUGAAGAGUUGGAGAAAGAAGAAGAUAAAGAUAUGGUUAUGUUGCAUUUAGUCAGAAGAAACAACAAAAGCUUUUAUGACCUUGCUAAGAUUUACAAAUCUGACAGAAACUGGUUCUAUCGUGAAAACUUACCGAUUUCAAUGACACCGAAUGAGCAAAUAAAGGAAAUUGUCAAAAAUACUCUUCCUCAAACACACUAUGACAUCAAAGGUUGCACAAUACUUACAUUCAAAGAAGACUUAACAUUACUGAAGGAAAAAAUAACAGAAUAUUUCGAUAACUUCAAAGAGGAAGAAUAA